AAGUGAUUGCACUGCAUGUGGUCUGUCUAUUUUAAAAUUGUCUACACUACCUAAAUCUGUUCAUUUCGAAAUUAAAUUAGUUUUUGGAAUCAGAUGACUUAAGGUUGUAUUUAACAUCUUGUUUUUAGGAGAUGAUCAGGAAGAAAAGUGCCGCAGCUUCAUUGAACUCACCCCAGGAGAGACACAAGGUGUGCUGUGGCUGUCUGUGAUCAGUGAGUUCAUGUACAUCGGUCUUCUGGCGAUGGGUUUCCUCCUGAUGUGUGUCGAAGCGAUGUGCCUCUGUGCCAAGAAGGAGAUGAGCUCCCUGAAGAUCAACGCCUUCGCUGCAAUGUGCACCGUCCUUUCAGGUAUGAUGGGGAUGGUAGCCCAUAUGAUGUACACCACAGUGUUUCAGAUGACAGUGAGCAUCGGACCAAAAGACUGGAGGCCACAGUCUUGGGACUAUGGAUGGUCUUUUGCGUUAGCAUGGCUUUCCUUCAGCUGUUGCAUGGCAGCCGCUGUGGCAACACUCAACUCGUACACCAAGACCAUCAUUGAGAUGAAGCACAGAGCCAGGUUGAGGCUGGAGGAAGCCCGAGCUGCUACCAUCGCCCCGUCCUAUGAGGAGGUUGUUCGAGCCGGAGGUGGAGGGCUUUACUCAGUCAGCCAGCUGAUUCAUCUCGGCCAGCAGGGGGCCCUCAUGGAUCCACUGUGGCCAAGAGGAGUGGGACCGGCGGUUGGACCUUUGGCAUGCGGUGCUGGUGGGGCCCUGCUGGUUGGAGGUGGAGUCGGGGGCAUCGGCAUGGGAACGGGAGGAGUUGUAGCUGGAGGAAGCACAGCUAUAGGAGGAGCAGGUGUUGGAGGAAGUGGAGUUGGGAUGGGAAAGGGAAGCACUGGUGGGACAAUGGGGGCAAUGGGAGGAGGUGGAAUGGGAACAGGAAGAAUGGUGGACGCUCACGGGGUCGUAGUUGUGGAGGGAUGCGCCACAGAAGGAUGUGAGGAGUGUGAGCGAGAGAUGGAUGAGAUAGAUUACACUCUACAGGAGGAAARAGAGGACUCCGUCUGCUAGGACUUACAGGGCUAAGGACUGGAAAACAACACAAGACUUGAAGAAUCACCUCUAUUAGGUUUUUUGUACAUAAACUGUCUUCGAGUUUUUAGAUGUUAGCUGUGUCAGUUUCAUUAUCACUAGACUAAGAUUUCCAAACUUCAAUGGCUUGACUAACGGGGUUCUUUUAUCAUGUUUUAUCAUGCCUCUGAAGUUUGCAGUUUGGAUUUAUUCAUAUURCAGUCACAUAAUAAAUAUCUCUCAAGUCUUCUUCUUGAAGAGCUGGUGAGUAUUGUCACAGUAAACCUACAGCAAAGAUAAGAUAUCUUCAGAGUGGUAUUAAAGAAUGACGAAAAGACAAAAGUCACUUGGGGCGAACUAUCGGUGACAUCAACACAAGCUCAGCUCUGAAGUGAAACUCAUCUAUUACUUAGAGGCAUGGUGAAAUGGAAAUGCCCUCUUUCUGGUUUGAGUCAAUAAAUUAUCUGGCUUUAUACCAUAAUUUAUUUAACUAUAGCCUCCAAACACCAAAGAUUUCAUAUAUUUUAAGAGAACAAUUCCCUAUCUGUAAUGCUUUAGAUUUAGACUAACCUUACUCAUACUCAUAUAAGGACAUUUGCUGGUAAUUAAUCUAAGACUGAUAAAUCCAAGAGAUUUUUUGAAUACAUGUGACAAGUUGGUCAUAGUGGACWUUUCACAGCAGCUUCUUUAAGUUUACGCAUCGUUAUCAAACUGAACCAGGUUAUUUGUGUAAAACUAGCCUUACACUGACUUUUUAUGUGAAUGAAUGUGUUUUAUCAGUGAUUCAGAUCAUCAGAAUUCAAAAUUACAACUUCUCAGGGCAAUUGAUUUUAGUCAUGUACUUUUUAGCCACAACUGUUCAGAGAUGACAGCAGUUGCAAAUAUACACAUGUAGUUAUGACAGAGUGACRACAAGAGACGUUUUGAAUUUACCGUGGCAUGGAUGCCCUGCUGCCUCCUGUUGCAACAAGUGCAGAUAUKAAAAAUAAAAAGACAAAAACUGAUGAAAGUUAGAAACAUWAAUUUUUCUGAUUGAAUUUGYAUUAGAGUUCUGCAAAAAAUGUGGGUAAAACGGUAUUAUUUMUUUUAUUUGGAGGGGUGGGGGUUGGGUUGGAGCCUGGGAGUAUAGUGACUCAGUUGAGGCGCUUUGGACAUCUGGUCAGGCUGACCCCUGGGUGCCCCCCUCUCAGGGCAUUUUAGGGCAGAGUCAGAUAGAGGGACUCUAUAAAAGCUUGGGAAAAGCUUUGUGUCCCACAGAAUAAGACAAAGAGUUUCACUGGGGAAAUAAUAUCCUAUUUUUUCUCCUAGACCUGAGACCCUGACGAUCCAAUCUCAAAUAAGCURACGACACAGGAUGCUUGUUUUGGUCAAAUAUUCUCAAUCAACACAGAUUUUUCUGCUCCCACAACAAAAGACACAAACUGCUAAGAGGUGUCAAAAACUUUCUGGGAAAAUUAUAGAGUGUGAUUGCUGCUGUAUGGUUUGGUUUCUGCUUCUGAGAACGUGAAAAGGUCUGUCUAGGAAUACUGAAAAAAGUGAGAUGUCUGUGGCAGAGAGGUCUGGAUUUUGAGACAGAUGUUUAUAGAUGUUGGACAGAAGAUUAUGUCAGUAAUCUCUACCAGUGAUGGAAAUAAGACAGAAAGAGAGAGAGAGGGAUUGACUUAAUUCAGGCAGUGAGGCGGAGAUAAACUCAACUCUAAGGUUAUCGAAUGGCACUGUAUGAGGACAGUAAUUAAAAAUGUAAUUUAAGAAGUUAGAUAAUGCAGCAGUUAUGCAACCUCAACCAUAUGGGCAGUAAUCGGCUCCUGUAGCAUUAAUUAGCAGCAGAAUAAUGUUGACYACGGCAUUUUGCUUUUGUAAUAAAUAUUUAUGAUUUUUCAUAAACUGAAACACAAGUCAAUUCCUCUGACUGAAUAAAAUUUUAAGUCAGGAGAUUUUGGAACAAUCUUCUAACAAUGACAAUAAACA